GUAUAUCAAGGUUUAGAUAGAAGCUAGGAAGAUAGACAAUACUUUACAGAAGUCCCAAAUGAGCAUUUAAGCAAUAUAUGUAAAAUUGAGUUUCAGAUCCUAAAUCAGGCAUUCUAAAGUUCUGACAAAAGAAAAGUUCAAGUGAAAGGUAGCUAUGUGUGACACGAACACCAUCCACAUACACAUCCUCCAAGGUGUGAGCUACCUUUCUGUGUUUCUGGUGGGCCUGCUACUCAACAUGGCGUCUCUACGGGUCUUCUUCGUCAAACGGGCCACGUGGACGGACACACACAUCUACAUGCUGAACCUCGCAGCCGCCGACUGUGCCCUAAUCCUCUUCCUCCCUUUCCGCAUUUAUGAUGCCUUCCAGAGUCUGCCCAUAACACCCUUCUGCACGUUUCUCAUCUCAAUACAUUACAUCAACAUGUACGCCAGUAUCUUCACUGUCACCGCCAUCAGCGUCCACCGCUACCUGGCGGUCAAGUUCCCAUUCCAGACCAGAGCGUGGCGAUCAAAGAAGGUGGCUGUGGCAGUGUGUGGGGCCAUAUGGGUCACAGUAGUAAUGAUAUGUGGUGUGUUCAGUGAUGCCAACCAUCCCCAAAAACUAUUUGCAUGCUAUCAGAGAUGUAAAGAAAUCCCAUUGCCUGUUGGGUUCCUUGCGGUUCUAGAAGUGCUGGGGUACCUUCUCCCGCUCUUGAAUAUAGUGUUCUGUUCCACACAGACCAUAAUGGUUCUGCUGAAGGAGAAGGAUCAGGAAGAAACCACUGUGGAGAAGAGGAACAUCAUUGGCAUUAUAACAGCCAACCUGAUCGUCUUUGUGGUUUGCUACACCCCCAUCCAUCUUGGGUUUCUGCUGAGGUACCUGGCCAAAACAAACCACUGGGAAACGUUAGACUGGGAUGGUUUUUGGCAGGUUUGUGAAUGGAUCGCUACCACAAACUGCUUCUUGGAUUCCAUUAGUUAUUACUUUCUGUUGAAAAAGUUUUAUUCUAAAGCCAGUAGAUCAGCAGAAGUUGACAGAGGCUCAGAGAUGGCAUUAACCACCAAUCAAGCUAUGAACACACACACCUACCCCAAUAAUGAGUCAUCAUACCCCUCUCUGCCUCCAUGUAUUACACCGCCAGAAUAACGUCAUCAUGUUUUUUGACAACAUCUCUUGUAUUAAAAUCAUAU